GUGAGCGUCGAAGUAAAAUGGCGGACUUGGCAAACGAAGGCUGAUAUCGCAACCAUGUCCACGUUCAUCGACAAGCCUGCCAUUGCGCCUCCUGUGUUUGUUUUCCAAAAAGAGAAAGUGCAGAAGCGUUCUGCUGAGGGCUCAAGUGCAGAAGAUGGUGAAGAUUCAGAUAAAGAUGAAGGAAGCUAUUGUCCUCCUGUAAAAAGGGAAAGGACCUCAUCAUUCCCACCCCCACAUUCUGUAACCAAGAACAAUGUAUUCAUGCCCUCAAGUAUCAGCCAGUCUCCAACUGGGAACUCUGACUCUGAGCCAGAGGAGAAACCUGUGGGAUUUCGUUUAAAACCACCAACUCUCAUACAUGGACAAGCACCAAGUUCUGGUGUACCGAGUCAGAAACCCAAGGAGCAGCAACGCAGUGUCCUCCGCCCUGCAGUUCUCCAGGCGCCAGCCUCUAAAUCGCAUAUAGAGUCCAAUUCCAGUUGUGGAACAAAUGGUGUGAAAAAGUCAUCAGAUGAAUCGCUUGUGACCCCGUCCCUCUUCCUGAACAAUAAAGAGCACUCGGCUACAUUGGCCAAGUCGAUGAAGCACGAAAAUGAGGAAGAUGAAGCUAGUGACAACAAAGAUGGAGACAGAAGAGACAAAACGGAGUCAUCUUUUGUGUUUGGUCAGAAUAUUAAAGACAGAGCAAAGUUGGGAGAAAACAGUACAGAUGAGAAUUCAGCGGACGCUCAAUCAGAGAGCACUAAUUAUUUCCUACAAUACAUCUCUACCCCGAGUUCAAACAAUGCCACAAACAGUACAGACAGUGGAGCAAAAUUUGUUUUCGGACAGAACAUGUCUGAACGAGUUCUGAGUCCCCCAAAGGGCGAGACCUUAAUUGAGGAAAAUAAAGACACUUCAGCUGCUUCUGCUUCAGAGCCCUCAUCACAGGAAGCAACACCAGAGAAAGCAGUGAACAAUGUGUCAGAGUCUUUGGCAGAAUCUGCAGCAGCGUACACCAAAGCAACAGCCAAGAAGUGCAUCUUAGAGAAAGUCGAUGUGAAGACUGGAGAGGAGUCAGAAAGCAACGUGUUACAGAUGCAGUGCAAGUUGUACGUUUUUGAGAAGACAGCGCAGUCGUGGAUAGAAAGAGGCAGAGGUUUGCUCAGACUCAAUGACAUGGCUUCGACAGAAGAUGGCACGCUACAUUCUCGUCUAGUGAUGAGGACUCAGGGCAGCCUGCGGUUGAUCCUCAACACUAAACUUUGGCCUCAGAUGCAGGUGGACAAGGCCAGUGAGAAGAGUGUGAGAAUCACUGCCAUGGACACAGAGGACCAGGGGGUCAAGGUCUUCUUAAUAUCAGGUAGCUCUAAAGACGUAGGUCAACUGGCUGCAGCGUUACAUCAUCGUAUCUUAGCUCUAAAGAGCAGAGCAGAGCAGGAAACAGAGCCCCCAGCAACAAAUAUCCCCGCAGCAGAGGUACCGCAGUCCAACGAGGAUGACAGUGAUGAGGAAGAUAAAGACUCUGCCUCCGCUGCGGCUUCUACUCCUGCUACAAGUAAUUCAGAGGGAGGUGAGAACCAAGCAGCAGGAAGCACAUAGCGUCACUCUUGGACAGCCUGCCAAGAUGCCACUGUUGAGGUAUUUUGCUGUAGGCAUCUCCAUGGACAUCCCUUUGACCAAUAUGGGUCCUCCAGACCAGUACUUUUGGAUAUUAGAAGUCUAGCUCCAGGAAAUAACCCCUCUGUGCCGGAGUGUCCCGCCCAAUUUGUGCAGUUCAUCUUCUCUGCAUUCAGCGUAAUAUCUGGAGUCGAUUCUUCCCUCUCCCGUUUUGUGUUUUUAUUUUUGUUUUUCAAUUUUAUUUUUUUCUUUUCCUGAUAGCAAAAAUAAAGACUUCAAAGCUUUGGUUUGGGACUUUUCUGCUCAUCAUAUUGAUGAGUGUAAGGGUGUUUUCCUCUACAUUUUAAGUAUGGCACAUGUUAAGACUGCAGUUUCUACUUUGGGACCUUUAUACUCACUCUACAGCUGCACCUCUGGACUCCACGCACCAGAGGAGCUUCAUUCAGUGUGUUUGACAUGUCAUUUGGUUGGUUGGUCAACAUCUGGACCAGCCUUCUUCCUAACCCCUCUCCCAACCAGUCUGUGCGUUAGGUUUUGGCAAAUGUAAUUUAUUUUGGGUAGUGAUUUCCAUGAGACAUCUCAACUCAUACGUGCUGUUUGUAAUGGCUAGCCAAGAUCACUCAAGUUGUCAUUACUAGCAGUUUCUUAUAUUUCCUAUUGACCUAUACAUUAUAGUGAAUAAAAGACUCAAACAAUGCAGUUUCCACUAAUGUGAUUUAAUUAAGUGAGGACAAAAGGGCAGUAGGACUCACAAUGUUUAUCUAAAUUAACAGUAUGUUAAACAUUCACCUUUUCUUUUGUUUUUAUUUUUAGUUGUUUUUCCAAAUUGAGGAAGCAAAACUCAUCAGUCUACAUUCUGCAUGUAUUUUUUUUUAUUGUUGUCAACAUCCCGAGAGUUUAUUGUGUUGAUACAUAUUUUUAUGUUGAAAAUUAUAUAAACUUUUUAUUCAUUUGGAAACAUGUUGGAGUGAAAACUUCAUGUGUGUGUAAAAACAAACAAAAAAAAAAUCGAGUGAUAACUGUGAUCCUCUUUUGAAUUUCAUGUACAUUUGAAUAUAUCAUUUAGUUGCGCACCAUGUUUUCUCAUCUCCACCUGCC